UAAUGUCGGAACUGAGCUGCCUCAACUGCCAUUCAACUUCUAUGGACAGUAAAGAUUACCUGGCUAUACCGCGGUUGAAGAAGCUGAAGAUGGAUUUCUGCGCUUUAUGCUGUUGCCGUCGAUAUUGUAGAGUUGGCAUUUAUAAAAGGGUUUACAAAUGCCGCUCCUGUGGCUGGAAAGGCGAUCCUUUCAGUUUACCCUAAGAUGUACAUAUCUGCAUUUGUUUUAACAAAUAAACAAAACUCUGUUAUCAGCUGUUGCACUUUAUGGUUGUUGAUUGCAACAGAAGUGAAGAAAAACA